CACAGCACAUAGUAAAUGUUUGCUGCCAGUCAAAAGAUACUGUGUUAAAAAGGUUGAUUUUGUGGCUUCAUUGCCAGUUAUAAACCGUACCCUAAAGUCUCAGAGAAGUCUAAGAAACUGGACAUUAUUGUGGCUGCUGCAGAAAAGUUUUUUUGGCUUAAGGAUUUCACAUCUUUAUUAUAAUUUUUUAUGUUUAGUAGUUUGUUACGCUUUUGGGGAAUCCUGUUUCCAUCCCGCACAGUAGGUGGCGGGAUGCACAAUAAAUUGUGCGAUCACUAAUUUACCAUAGAAGAAGAAUACAUUUUUAUGUGUGUGUGAGAGUUGAAGAUGGCCGCCGCUAACAUGGCGAAAGACGGUUUUCAAACCCAGUUCGCCUCUGUUAUGGAGAAGGUGCUGAAGACAGCAGUCAUUGAGACAACGACACUUUUCGAAACAACUAUUGAGGAACUGCGAGCUGAAAUAUCCAGAAUAAAAGAAGAGAACGAGGACCUCAAAUCGAGUCUUCGAUCCCCUGAAAAUGCGAAGAAAUCGACUGGUGAAAGUGAAAGCCAAACCGCGGAGACUGGUUCUAGUCAAACAACCUCACAUAUCGGCAAACGUGACAUUGGCGUUCAAUGUGUUCUGACAGUGCAAGCUUUGCCGCGGGCUGGGGAGCAGCACCUGCGCUCAGAGGACCAGGGGACAGGGCUGCACCAUGGGGCCUAUGAUGAGGAGGGCAACCCACAGAUGGCCUUUGUACUGAUCAAACAGGAGGUGGACUGGGAGGCAGACUAUUCUGAUGACUACUCCCCUGGGUACAUACUGCUGAAGCAGGAGGGGGGAGAGCCCCCGACACUGGUCCGCAGACAACCUCUCAGAGAGUUACCAGGCAGAGCCCUGGUCCCUCCUGGAGCUGUCAGGGCCCUGGUCAACCGUUACACCCAGGAAAGGCCUCCCACCACCCAGCCUACCGCAGGAGCCGCAGCGGCCCUCCUCCAGGGAGAUCCGGAGGCCCCCCAGGCUCUCAGCCCAUCCCAGCCCAGGACCAGAGGGGUUACCAGGGGCAGUGCAGGGCAGGACCAAGCCCCUGGAACAGAACAGCAGUCACUGGUAAUACCAGUGGCAGAGUCUCCAUCAACAUUACACCUGACAGCAUCUCCUCAAUUACCAGGCACUAUCCAGUCUACAUCAACUGUCCUGUCGACUGUAAUGGUCCAGUCCACGGUAACUACUCUGUCAAAAGAAACUGUCCAAACGACCACAGCGGUCCAGUCUACCGUAACGGCGACAGCAGCAGCGUCAGAGCGCCCGCCACCUGUCCUCUCCGGGUUACCCAGUACCCCUUUUCAGGAUACACAGCCCAGCCUCGUACCCCCUCGUCCACCCCGACCUCCUCGAGCACCACCAUCACAGUCUCACACAGACGUACUACCUGUAGCUCGUCCAAUAGUAGUGCCCUCAACACAACCAGCUAGGCCUACAGCCGUACCCGAUGGACCACCGGCCGCACCACCAACACAACCGCAACCGCCUACAGUUUUGGAGCAGUCGGGUGUUGCCACGGCAACUCUGCCAACACCGGUCCAGUCCGCUCCGUUGCUGACUUUGUCUGAAGAACUUGCCGGCCCCCCUGAGAAGCAGGCGUCGUUGGUCACUGAGCAUAUGCAACGCUCCUCCACCGUGCCACCUCCGAAGUCACCUGCUGUCCCAGAGACAUCUGAUGAAGCCUCUGUACAGCCGUCAGCCCCUGCUGUAACCACACCCUCACCCUCUGGCCCCUGUCAAAUGUCUAAGACACAGUUUAUAGCUCAGUUGUCAGUAGUACCCCAAGUACGCACCCCGCCGAGGGUGGAGGAAGAUGAGGAGGGGGAGAGGCUUUCCCCCCUCCCUGCCAUGUCUACGGAAGCUGUGAUAACCAGGUCUGUCGCUACGGAGACGACCCCCGCCGGCGAGAAAAAGGAGGAGAUUGUUGUCCAGUUAGGCGCCGGCAGAAAGUCAAGUCGACGUGAAGCGAUCCUCUCCGGUCUCCGCCGCCGCUUGAGGCCCCGCCCACAGGACAGCACGCCAUCUCCCGUGGUUGCUAAGAAACCCAGAGGAGAUAGAACCGCCCCUCUAGACCACGACUACUCAAAGGUGAUGCAGAACGGAGGAGAAAAGUCCAGUGAAUCACACCUUGACCAGGAUGUAGUAGAGGACACCGCUAACGGUGUGACGGCCGACGACGAGUCUACUGGACAAGGAAGUAGUAACCAAGUCAUCAGUGAGGAAGAGGGAGGAGCUAACACUGAUGUGACCUCCCCGACUAGACAGUCACCUAUUGGUGGAGGAGGAGGCGUGUCCAAAUCCAAGAAGAGAAACAUGACCUGGGUGCAGGCUCAGAGAGGUUUGGCCCUAGCCCAGGCUAAGAGGAGUAGGUCAAAGGUCACCAAGGCAUCACAGCGAGGUCAGAGAUCAGAGCUUAGAGGUCUGGUCACACAGACACCGUUUCUGCCUUCCACCGCACAGCGCCGCCGGUCGUACAGCCCCAGCCCUCAUGCUGCGUCUACCUCCAGCCUCAGCCCACGCCGCACCAGCCCACGUUGCACCAGCCCUCACGGUUCCCCACACCAGGCUACGGGGGCGAACGUGAACCCUUCUCCUGCCACCCCUCCUCACCAGUUCAAGGUCACUUCCACCACCCCUCGUCGCGGAAGACCUCGUUCGGCGGCCGUGGCGGCUUUAAAUUUGAAACUGUCUCCCUCCACCCCUCAACCUAUCCCCUUCAUUGUCACCGUCAGCCCUCGCUCUGGAUUCAAAAAGUCCCCCCAGUGCACGCUGACGUUCCAGCAGGCGCAGCGGUAUCGCAAGUCACAACCGACAUGGUCGCCGCCAGGACCGUACCUGCUACAACAGUCUCCCCAGUCUCCACGGAAACGUUUUGCCAAGAACCAGUGCGCAGACUGCGGUCGCGUCCUGAGCAGCGCCGCCGCUUUAGAGAGCCAUGCUUCCAUCCACACGGGGAAGCGCCCUUUCGCCUGCUCCGCCUGCGGCAAGGACUUCCCCAACCUCAAGGGCCUCAACCGCCACGCCCGCGUCCACGGCGACCAGCGGGGCCACCAGUGUCCGAAGUGUGACAAGACCUUCGUCUACGGCUUCGGCCUGACCAAGCACGAGCAGAUGGUCCACAGCGGCGUGCGCCCAUUCGUCUGCCCGAUCUGUGACAAACGCUUCGUCAUCCGGCGCGACAUGGAGACCCAUCUCCGCGUUCAUACUGGAGAGAAACCGUUUGCCUGUUCCCUCUGUGUGAAGCGGUUCAAGAGGCGUGUGGAGCUGAAUGUUCACCUGAGGUGGCACAACGGGGAGAAGAGACACUGGUGCUCGUACUGCGGGAAGGGAUUUCUGGAUUACAAUAAUCUGAAGAGGCACAAACUGGUCCACACCGGAGAGAAACCCUACACCUGCUCUGAGUGUGGCAAGCACUUCAAACAGACUGGCCAUCUGAAGAAACACCUGAAGACCGUACACAAAGACAGAAAGAGGGCAGGGGACGAGUCUUAAAUGGGACCCUAUUCCCUAUAUAGUGCACUACUUUGGACUAGAAAUAUAUAGCACUAUAUAGGGAAUAGGGUGUCAGAUGGUGAUGAGGGAAUAGUUCACUCUGUUUGCUGUGAAUUCAAAACCCAGCUGUGUUAGUUUAAUUGAAGCAGGGAUGUAUUGAUUAUCAGCGCUUUGGUUCUGUAAACAUUUGAGGUCGCUAUUGUUGUUUUGAAGAAUCAUGCCCCGAAUGUAGCAAAAUGUAAAAAAGAAAAUAAAUGUUGAAUUGAG